AUGAGUUUUAGAGGCACAAAUGUCUGCAACAACUUCCUCCAUGAUCUCUAUGCAGCUCUGAAUCAUAAAGGGAUAUACAUUUUUGUGGAUAGCGAGGAGCUCAAGAAAGGAGAGCAAAUAUCACUAGCGCUUAUGAGGUGUUUGGAAGAGUUGGCGAAGAUCAUGGAGUGCAAGGCACAAAAGGAGCUAAUUGUGUUGCCGGUGUUUUAUAAAAUGGAACCAAGAGAAGUUAGACAGGCGAUAAAGGGUUAUGGGAGAGCUAUGGCUAAGCAUGAGUCCAAUUCUAAGAAGGAUCUGAAGGCAGUGGAGACAUGGAAGAAGGCUCUCUUCAAUGCCAAUAACUUGUCUGGUUGGGUUUGCAAUGAUGGGUAA